AUGACUGAGGUGGUGUUGGUUUCCUAUGUGAUUAGAGAUGAAGUGGAGAAGUAUAAUCGAAAUGGGGUAAAUGCACUUCAGCUGGAUCCAGCAUUAAACAGACUCUUCACAGCAGGCCGAGACUCCAUUAUAAGGAUAUGGAGUGUCAAUCAGCACAAGCAAGACCCUUAUAUAGCAUCUAUGGAACAUCACACAGAUUGGGUAAAUGAUAUUGUGCUCUGCUGCAGUGGUAAAACAUUGAUAUCUGCUUCUUCAGAUACUACUGUUAAAGUGUGGAAUGCACAUAAGGGAUUUUGCAUGUCAACGCUAAGGACACAUAAGGAUUAUGUGAAAGCCUUAGCGUAUGCAAAAGAUAAAGAACUGGUAGCAUCUGCUGGACUGGACAGACAGAUAUUCCUCUGGGAUGUGAAUACUCUAACAGCACUGACUGCCUCAAAUAACACCGUAACAACUUCUUCCCUGAGUGGGAACAAAGAUUCUAUCUACAGCCUCGCAAUGAAUCAAAUGGGAACAGUUAUUGUAUCGGGGUCCACUGAAAAGGUUCUAAGGGUGUGGGAUCCGAGAACUUGUGCAAAACUAAUGAAACUCAAAGGGCACACGGACAAUGUAAAAGCUUUGUUGUUGAACAGAGAUGGCACCCAGUGUCUUUCAGGCAGCUCUGAUGGGACUAUCCGCCUGUGGUCCCUUGGGCAGCAGAGAUGUAUAGCCACAUACCGAGUCCAUGAUGAAGGUGUUUGGGCUCUGCAGGUCAAUGAAGCCUUCACUCAUGUUUACUCAGGAGGAAGAGACAGGAAGAUUUAUUGUACAGAUUUACGAAAUCCUGAUAUCCGUGUGCUUAUCUGUGAAGAAAAGGCACCAGUUCUUAAGAUGGAACUUGAUAGAUCAGCUGAUCCUCCUCCAGCACUUUGGGUUGCAACAACUAAAUCCUCUGUCAAUAAAUGGACUUUGAAGGGAAUUCAUAAUUUUAGAGCAUCUGGAGAUUAUGAUAAUGAUUGUACCAAUCCUAUACCACCCCUGUGCACACAGCCUGACCAAGUUAUAAAAGGGGGUGCUAGUAUUAUUCAGUGCCACAUUCUUAAUGACAAGAGACACAUAUUAACCAAAGACACAAAUAAUAACGUGGCAUACUGGGAUGUCUUGAAGGCAUGUAAAGUUGAAGAUCUUGGGAAAGUAGAUUUUGAAGAAGAAAUUAAGAAGAGAUUUAAAAUGGUGUAUGUGCCAAACUGGUUCUCAGUAGACUUGAAAACUGGGAUGUUGACAAUUACUCUGGAUGAAAGUGACUGCUUUGCAGCGUGGGUUUCAGCAAAGGAUGCUGGAUUUAGCAGUCCAGAUGGUUCUGAUCCAAAAUUAAACCUGGGAGGGCUUCUGCUACAAGCACUUCUGGAGUAUUGGCCUAGAACACAUAUCAAUCCAAUGGAUGAAGAAGAAAAUGAAAUAAAUCAUGUGAAUGGUGAACAGGAGAACAGAGUCCAGAAAGGAAAUGGAUACUUCCAAGUGCCACCACAUACACCAGUUAUUUUUGGUGAGGCUGGAGGACGCACUUUGUUCAGGUUAUUAUGUCGGGAUUCAGGUGGUGAAACAGAAUCUAUGCUUCUUAAUGAAACUGUGCCACAAUGGGUAAUUGACAUCACUGUGGAUAAAAAUAUGCCCAAAUUCAAUAAGAUUCCCUUCUACCUCCAACCUCAUUCAUCAUCAGGGGCAAAAACUCUAAAAAAAGACCGACUGUCAGCGAGUGAUAUGCUUCAGGUGAGGAAAGUGAUGGAACAUGUGUAUGAGAAAAUCAUAAACUUGGAUAAUGAGUCUCAGACAACUAGCUCUUCCAAUAAUGAAAAAGCAGGAGAACAAGAAAAAGAGGAGGACAUUGCUGUGCUAGCAGAGGAGAAGAUUGAACUUCUGUGCCAGGACCAGGUUUUAGAUCCGAAUAUGGACCUUCGAACUGUAAAGCACUUCAUUUGGAAGAGUGGUGGUGAUCUGACACUUCAUUAUCGCCAGAAGUCAACGUGAAGGGAGUGGUGGACCCCCAUGGUUACUUAUUUACUUGACCAUACUGUACUGGUUCCAGGAGUAGUACUAUAGAAGCCCACUGAACCCCUAAGGUAGAUGAGACUUCUAAUGACUCAGUAUGGACGGAAAGUAUACAUUUAAUUGAAGUGACUAAUAGAUCUGUAAUAUAGAGGAAAAAAUCUAUAUGAUUUAAACUAAAGUCUGUCCUAGUCUCAGCCAAAUGAGAUGGGAAGUCCCUGAGUGGUUCGUGUUGUGUGAGAUGUACAGAAAAUGGAUGAUUAUCCAGUGCAGACUUUUGCUUCCUUCUUUUUGCUUUUGUUUUUACAGAACGUAAUAUCCUCAUCUGCUCAUGCUCGAUACGAAAUUGUUUUGGCCAUAUUAGUCGCUGUGCUCACAAUAUAAUUCAGAGCCGCACACAAGGUAUUUUUAGUACAUUCCAUUCAUGAAGUUCCUACAGUGAUUUCUCAGAGGUUACUCAAACAUUUCUACCAGCUAAAGAAAUUUGGAAAAGAAAACCAACAGAAAAUAGUUAUUGCAUACUUCAAAGAAUCGGCCCAUUUAAUUGCAAAUGAAGGGUUAACAUGAGACUUGUUUUACUACUGCAACUCAAUUGUUGCUUUAGAGAGCUGUUGACGUGCAGAAUAAGAACACUAGAUAAAUAUUGUAGCAGGGUCAGUCCAAUGAUGCUGUGCAUCAUAAUAGAGUGAACAUGCUUUCCAGCAACUUAGAGUUGGGUUUUUAUUAAUAUAUGUAACUACUUCCUGCACUGUGUCCUAGGUGUUCUAAAGACACACUAGUCUAAUUUUUGGUAACUGUGCUCCAAAACUAUGUGACAUUUUGUUGAAACUUCAGACCAUUCUGAAAAUAACUUCAUAUGUUUCAUGUUAAACUUUAGAAACUUCUCAGCAGAAUUCAUAUUCAUGAUAUAAAAUUACUUAUUCUUCUUUUCUGAAAUUUUAUAUGCAGUUGUUCUUUUGUUAGAUUUAUGCAGAUCUUCUUUUCACUGUUAUUUCUAAAAAUCUGUGACUGUCAUAGACUCAUAGUAGUCUUUUAUAGAAUUUAACUUA